UUCCUGUAGUACUUGAAUGCAGCAACCCUGAUAGUUUGCAGCAGCGAUUUGAAGCAGUGCUCCAGUCAUUUCGGUUUAAACUAUAAUAAUUAUCAUAGUCAGGUAUUGAACGGCAUAAUGCCCGUCGAUCUGAGCCAGUGGACUGGACCUCUGGCCUUGCAGGAAGUGGAGGAAAAGCCUGCGAAGCCUUUGACUGUUAAAUACGAGGGUCUGGAGAUCGACGAGCUGGGCAAAGUGCUAACUCCCACUCAGGUGCAGAGUCGGCCUACCUGCAUAGAGUGGGAAGGAUGUGACCCCAGUAAACUCUACACUUUGGCCCUGACUGACCCUGAUGCUCCAAGCAGGAAAGAUCCCAAAUUUAGAGAGUGGCACCACUUCCUAGUGGUCAACAUGAAGGGGAAUGAUGUGUCGUCUGGCUGUGUGAUGUCAGACUACGUCGGCUCAGGUCCUCCCAAAGGCACAGGUCUGCACAGGUAUGUGUGGUUGGUGUACGAGCAACCGGGUAGCCUUUCCUGCUCAGAGGCCGUUCUCACCAACCGUUCUGGAGACGGACGCGGCAAGUUCCAGAUCCAGACUUUCAGAAAGAAGUACAACCUGGGAGCCCCGGUGGCCGGUUCCUGCUACCAGGCUGAGUGGGACGAUUAUGUGCCCAAACUGUAUGAGCAGCUGGCUGGAAAAUAAGAUGCCAAGAACUUGAAUCUGCCGUUUCAGCAGCAGAAAAGAAAAAA